AUGAAAGCCAUCAUUCUUGUCGGCGGCUUCGGCACCCGUCUGCGUCCUCUUACUCUCACAUACCCCAAGCCGCUCGUCGAGUUUGCCAACAAGCCCAUGAUCCAGCACCAGAUCGAGGCCCUUGCUGCAGCCGGCGUUACCGAUGUCGUACUCGCCGUCAACUACCGCCCUGAGAUCAUGGCUGAGGCCCUGAAGACGUACGAGAAGCAGUACAAUGUCACAAUCACAUUCUCUGUCGAGACUGAGCCGCUGGGCACCGCUGGUCCUCUCAAGCUUGCCGAAAACAUUCUAGGCAAGGAUGAGACGCCUUUCUUCGUGCUCAAUGCCGAUGUCACAUGCGACUACCCCUUCAAGCAACUCGCCGAAUUCCACAAGAACCACGGCGACGAGGGCACCAUUGUCGUCACAAAGGUCGAGGAGCCCUCCAAGUACGGUGUCGUGGUGCACAAGCCAGGAUCGGCCUCCAAGAUUGAGCGCUUCGUCGAGAAGCCCGUCGAAUUCGUCGGUAACCGCAUCAAUGCCGGUAUUUACAUCCUCAACCCUAGCGUGCUCAAGCGCAUAGAAUUGCGGCCCACUUCGAUUGAGCAGGAGACCUUCCCGGCCAUUGUCAAGGAUGGCCAGCUCCACUCCUUCGAUCUCGAGGGCUUCUGGAUGGAUGUCGGACAGCCAAAGGACUUUUUGUCGGGCACUUGUCUCUACCUAUCAUCCCUCGCUCGCAAGAACUCAAAGCUCCUGACACCGGCGUCGGAGCCCUAUGUCUACGGCGGCAAUGUCCUCAUUGACCCAUCCGCCAAGAUUGGCAAGAACUGCCGCAUUGGACCCAAUGUCACCAUUGGUCCCAACGUUGUCAUUGGAGAUGGUGUUCGUCUCCAACGAUGUGUGCUGCUCAAGAACAGCCGUGUCAAGGAUCACGCUUGGGUCAAGUCGACCAUUGUCGGCUGGAACAGCACCGUUGGCAAGUGGGCGCGUCUGGAAAACGUGACGGUUUUGGGUGACGAUGUUUCCAUUGGUGACGAGGUCUACGUCAACGGUGGAUCCGUCCUACCGCACAAGUCCAUCAAGCAGAACGUAGACACUCCCUCAAUCAUCAUGUAA